AUGGCCUUGAACCGUGUGUUCCUGUCUGCCGGCGAUCGAAGGAGCCGGGUGGCCUACCGCUCUUCCCACGGCGACCUCAGCUCGUCGGCCUUGGCGUCGGCGAUGGUCUGUGGAGACAGCUUCCUCGUUACCAGGCCCGAAGAGAUUCUCCCAGAACGUGGUCCUUGGUCCGCUGUGCGGCUGAACUUCCGGACCGAGAGCCGUCGGGCGGCUGGUGGCGGCCGGAGCCCGACCCGCCGUGUAGAGGGAAGGGAGCCGAAGGCGCGGAGCCGAAGCCGCCAAGCCAGAUUCUCCCCUUACCCGGCCCCCGCAGCUAAACUCGAUCUCCUGAGAAGUGUCCUGCAGCAGCGUCUGGUAGCGCUGGGAGGUGUCAUCGCAGCCCGCCUUUCGGCUUAAAACGGAUCCCUCCCUCCUCCCCUCAAUUAGCUAGUGAACAAGGCGUCUCUAAAAUA